AUCUUUAGUUGAAGGACAGGGAAGACCUGAAGAAGUAGUAUAAACUAUAAUUCCAACAACGGCCAUGGCUUGUGUGCCGAGCUUUGAAGGGUGGCCCGGCAAUAUACUUUCUUGUUCGAAACCCUCAGCUAACUCAAAGCAACACCCAAACCAGAACCAAGUAAGAUUAGUAGCUCUUCCAAUACCCAUUUCAAGAAGAUCUGCUCUUCUGACGACCCUUUUGCCUCUCAACCUGAUUUUCCUCUCCCCACCCUCACUGGCCAGGGAGAGAAGGAACAGAAAAACUAUCCCGCUUGAGGACUACAUGACUAGCUCAGCCAAUGGACUGAAGUACUAUGACCUUGCUGAGGGUAGGGGUCCGAUUGCUGAGAAAGGAUCAACAGUCCAGGUACACUUUGACUGUAUAUAUCGUGGUAUUACAGCAGUUUCUAGUCGAGAAUCUAAACUUUUAGCUGGAAACCGGAUCAUUGCACAGCCAUAUGAGUUCAAGGUCGGAGCUCCUCCAGGCAAAGAGCGAAAGCGUGAAUUUGUGGACAACCCAAAUGGCUUGUUUUCUGCUCAGGCUGCACCAAAACCCCCACCUGCUAUGUACUCAAUAACUGAAGGGAUGAAAGUAGGAGGGAAGAGGACUGUCAUUGUGCCUCCAGAGGCUGGGUAUGGCCAAAGGGGAAUGAACGAAAUCCCGCCUGGAGCUACCUUUGAACUGAAUGUGGAGCUUCUACGUGUUGCACCACCAAAUUCGUCCUAGCUCAUGAUGGGUAAUCCGGUUAUGGGGGGUAUUGUCAAAUUUUACUCCCUACUUACCUUAUGUUCUUUUUGUAAGAGGAUGAAUUCUUAUAGCGAUUUUUUUUCAAUGGAAUAACACAGUUUCAUCAUUAAGUUUUUUUU